CGAGGGGCGGAGCUCAGCGGAAGGGUGGGGUUUCAAAUCACGCCUAACGGUUGCGUUCCGGUUGCACGAGGUCGGUCAGAUAGCCACAUCAUCCUCCUCAGAUACAGCGGAAGUUCUCGCACAGUCCCGGUGUACUCUGUUUCGGUGUGAUAAUGACGGACUGCGAGCGUUUGGACAUGACAUGGGGCAGCAGCGCGAGCAGCGGAUACUGCAGCCAGAGCGACUCCGAGCACGAGCUCGAGCAGUUUUACACCGCGCGCACCUCGCUCAGAAAGACCAAAAGACGCAAGGAAAAAGAUGAGCCAGUGGACUGCAGGAAACAGGAGCUGUCCCUCAGUGAAGUACAACAGAAAGUGAAAGAAUACAAUGCUCAGGUCAACAGUAACCUCUUCAUGGUUCUGAACCGUGAUGGAUCUUACACUGGCUUCAUAAAGGUCCUGUUCAAGCUGGCCCGGCCCGUGUCUCUCCCUCCUCCACGGAGCACCUCCUCCUCCUCCUCCUCGUCCUCCUCCUCCUCUGGACGGGAUGGCAGUUGUCGUGAAGACAAAGCACUGAAGCACCGCACCUCAUUCUACCUGCCCAGAGACACGGUCAAACACCUGCACAUCAGCUCCAGCACGCGGGCCAGAGAGGUCAUCGAAGCACUGCUGAGGAAGUUCACCGUGGUGGACAAUCCGGCCAAGUUCUCACUAUUUGAACGCAGCGAGCGACACAAUCAAGUGUACCUAAGGAAGUUAGCAGAUGACGAACGUCCACUUUUCCUGCGCCUGUGUGCUGGACCCAACGAGAAGGUCCUCAGUUUAGUUCUUAAAGAGAAUGAAACGGGGGAAGUCAAUUGGGAUGCGUUCAGUUUUCCUGAACUCCAGAACUUCCUGCGCAUCCUGCAGCGGGAGGAGGAGGAUCACGUGCGGCAGAUCGUGCGGCGCUACACUCUGGCCAGAGACAAGAUGAACGAAGCUCUGAAGAACUUCAGCACGCCGGGUUGAAACAAGCUGCUGCUCAUACCUCAGAAAUGAAAGAAAACAAGAAGGAAACGUGCUGUUUGAAUCCAAAGAGUGUGUGGAAGAGCCCUUUGUCCUGCUCUGGACGUGAGAUGGGUCAGAAGCGAAAGGGAAAUGAGAGCGAGAGAGAUGAGUAGCGUGUGUUGAAGCGUGACUGGUGAGCGUGAGAGGAGUGUGACGUUAAACUGACUGGAAGAAAUGCUGCGGUCGUAGCUGUAGAUCCAGAUGUGGAGUGACAUCAUUCCAGUGUGAGCCACAGAUUGUUGGUCUGUGGUGAAUGAAAUACAUCAGAACAGAUUAUAGAGUAUUUUUAGCAUCAUUUAUACAUGUAAUAGAGAAAAAAAGAUGUCUGUAUUAAAGUAACACCAUUUAGUAAAACAAUACUUGUCCCAUGUAUAUAUUGGAUAUUCACUGUAAAUUAAAUGAAAUUAAAUAAAAUAUAUUUCCCCUUUGAAA